AUGGCGGCUUCGUUUCACUCUCCUUCUGCUAAGAACGGUAAAUGGUACUUCACACGAGAACAGAUCGAAAAUAGUCCAUCUCGCCGAGCGGGACUCGAUCCCGACAAAGAACUGUCCUACAGACAGCAAGCUGCUAACCUACUGCAGGACAUGGGACAGCGACUUAAUGUAUCGCAGCUAACAAUAAACACUGCAAUCGUGUACAUGCAUCGUUUCUACAUGAUCCAGUCUUUCACUCGCUUCCACAGAAAUGUGAUUGCCCCAGCUACACUCUUCUUAGCAGCAAAGGUGGAGGAGCAGCCCCGCAAACUGGAGCAUGUAAUUAAGGUGACUCAUGCUUGUCUCAAUCCUCAGGAACCAUCGCCAGACACGAGGAGUGAUGCAUACCUGCAACAAGCCCAAGACCUGGUCAUUCUUGAGAGCAUUAUACUCCAGACUCUGGCCUUUGAGAUCACCAUUGACCAUCCACACACGCAUGUUGUCAAGUGCACUCAGCUUGUCCGAGCCAGUAAGGAUUUGGCCCAGACGUCAUACUUCAUGGCAACCAACAGUCUACACUUGACCACUUUCUGCCUGCAGUACAGUCCACCCAUCGUGGCAUGUGUAUGCAUUCAUCUGGCCUGCAAAUGGUCCAACUGGGAGAUCCCAGUCUCCACAGACAGCAAGCACUGGUGGGAGUAUGUGGAUCCGACUGUCACCCUGGAGCUCUUAGAUGAGCUUACUCAUGAGUUCCUACAGAUUUUGGAGAAAACACCGAGCCGGUUAAAACGCAUCCGCAACUGGAAAGUAAUCCCAGAGCUCAGUGCUGUUCCUCUGUUGUUUCAGGCUGCGGGUCAGACGGUGAAGAAGUCAAAGGUCCAGGAGGAAGGUGACCAGACAGAGACCAUGAUGAACAUGAUCUCCAGGGUGUCAUCAGAGAGCACGCUGGCUGGUCUGAUGAGUCUGUCGGCACCUUCCUCAUCCUCCUCGUCCUCAGCUCCCCCUCUGCCUGACGACAAGGAUCGCAGUUCAACAUCCAGCUCACAGCAUUGGCAGCCCGGCGGGAAAGAGCAGCAGCCAAACCACGAGCAGCACGUUCCCGCAAAAGUGUCACUCAGCGAGUACCGGGCAAAGCAUGCCGACGUGCUGGCCGCCCAGAAGAGGAAACUCGAGAACAUGGAGGCCAGCGUUAAACGGGAGUACGCCACAGCCGCCCAGGCUCUAAUGGGUCAGCAGAGGAAGGAGAAGCACCAUCAGCAGCCACCCAGUUCCCACCACUCCAGCUCCUCAGACCUGGGAAACCCUUCUCCCAUCGUCCUUAAGAUUCCCCUGGACGAGAGGUCAGAGCGCAGCUCCCUGAAGAUGCGUUUCCCUCUUGGCAGCGGACAGACAGGCGGAACCAGCCACGGCAGCAGUGGUAGCAGCAGCAGCAGCAGUCGAGCACCCGAACAAGACAUUAAAGUCCGUAUCCGGAUGCCGGAGAGGCGGAGCGGGUCGGGCGAGGACAGCAAGAGCAGGGACAAACACAGAGAACGCUCCAACCAUCAUCACCAUCACCACCACCACCACCACCACCAUUCCUCCUCCUCCUCCAGCAACACAUCCUUCUCUUCGUCACAUAAACACUCGUCGAGCUCAGCGAGCACCUCCUCAAGCAGUAAAAAACCCUCUGUGGAGUCCUCCAGAAUGAGCUCAUCCUCUUCCUCUUCCUCUUCAUCCUCGGCGUCAAGAAAGAGGACCCAUUCACAGGAGCCUUCUUCAGGCCCUCACUCCUCCAAAAUUAGCAAAUCCUCCAGGAACUCCUACCAGCUGCCCCCUCUCCCCGUCUCCUCGGGACACUCUCUGGGUCACGGCUCAGAUGUCUUGCCCUCUUUGGGUCUUCCUCAUCAUCAGGGAAACUAUUCUCACUCCAAGACUGACAAAGCUGACACAAACGGCCACAGUGCAGGUGGAGGCAGCCAGUCUAACGAGUACCAAGACACCUUUGACAUGCUGAAUUCGCUUCUCAGUGCUCAGGGUGUGCAGCCUGCCCAACCCCAGAUGUUUGACUACCGUUCCCAGUAUGGGGAGUACAGAUACGGCAGUAGCUCGAGAGGGAGCAAUUCCAGGCCGCCACCCCUACCGUCAGAACCUCCACCCCCUCUCCCCCCGCUGCCCAAGUGAAAGUCUCACACAGUGUUAGAGAGCAUAAGUAAAUACAAGUCUGCCUCCGCUGGCAGGUUAAAUUAAACUACUCCUACCUUUAUGUUGCCCUUAUGUUCAUUAUAGCCUGGAGUUUUUAUGUUUUGUUUUUUUUUUUUAAAACUUGACAACAAAUUGAUGUACCACUAAAUGUGUAGCUUUGUUGUAGGCCAUUGCAGAAUUUAGCUAGCUUUUCUUCCGCUUGUUUCUCGUCUUUGUAUCUCAAACGGUAUGUGCUGCAAUAACAACUUUGAAUUUUGCAACAAAAAAAAACAAACAAAGAGAGAGGAGGGGGGGCUGAAUUGAUUAUUUAUUACAAAUGUAAAUACUAUUUUUGAGGUCAUUCAGCUUUGUACCAUGACAGAAAUGGUUUAUGGAGUUCAGUUAUAUUUAGUCAAACAAACGGAAU